UUCCCACGAUCCCUCCGUCCACCGCAGCUCGACUCCGCACUCCGAAUGUGGCGGCAAUACACUUCCGAGAAGAGAAAGAAAAUGGGGGAUAAAGAUUCCGAUCAGAGCCUCUCAGAUGAAGACGAGUCGGAUAAGGUCGCCUACGACCUCGACUGCUCCACCAGUCGCCAAUCCCUCUACCAUUCGCAUCGGGUGAAGGAUGACAUGGCACCAACAAAGUUAUCAGUUGCCUCUGCUGCUUACAAAUUUCAAAGAGGCCCUUUUCAUUCUGCAAACAACAAUCACAAGGGAGAGUGCACAUGUUCUGCAAUUAACAAGGAAGCAAAUGAGUUAAAUUGUUUAUGUAAGAAAGCGUGCAGUUCCUCAUUCAUCAGUCAUUUCUCUGAAGCAAAGAAAAGUUAUAAAAGUGGUAGGAGCAGAGACAAGCCUAAGUUUUCCAUUCGAGCACAAUUACACUCAGCAGAACUUCCCUCAUUUUGUUCAAUGGACAUAAAUGAAGAAUCUUCUCAGGAGGGAUCUGAAAGCUUCAAAGAGCAUAAUGAUCAUGACAGUAGAAUCUUAGAGGAUUCAAAGGCUGAGCUGUUGAGUUAUAUAGAGGAAGACAACCAAGAUUUGCCUGUCAAGUCAGUAACUCAUGAAUUAGCUUGUGCAUUGCCUUUGAUGGCUGAACUGCUGGAAGGUUUGGAGGGGAAGAAUGGACUAACUGCUGGGACUCCAUACUUGAAUUCCAGAUCAAAAAAAAGAAAGAAACAUUAUUCUGGGGGGAAACAAGCUGCUCAGUUGGGUUCUAGAAUUCUUGAUAAUGAAGAUUCCCUUGAAUUUAUGGGAGCUGGAACAUCCAGCGAGGAUGAGGACCACAAUCAGAACCGCUUAACUCCUGCAAUAGAAGAUAUCAAACAACAGACAAUGGGAGAUCUAUUUCAGGAAACUUUUAAUAUAUCAGUUGGUAGCCCUUCAUUAUCCAAUAAUAGGAAUGCAGUAUCUGGGUAUUUUGGGAGAUUGCAGCAAGUUAUGCAGAUUGAGAGGGAUAGACAUUUCGAAUUCUUAAAGCAGUCACAGACAGGAGGGAAGAGCCCUCUAAAUGAUUUAAGGUGCAUAACAGUACAGAUUUUGUCAAGAAUUUUGGAGGCAAAGCUGACAGUUUGUCAUUGCUUGCUUGCUGAAAGCACCAAGGCCCUGGCUAUAGACAGUUAAUUUCAGGUGAGGAAAUAUUCACUGAACUCCUGCUGAUAUCUUGAUGCCUUAUUUCUUAAAUUUGGUAGCUUUCUUGUCAGACUAUGCUGUUCCUAGGUUCUUAUUCUUUUCUGUAAGGUCAUGAAAGAUUAUGGCUCUGUAGGAUCAUUUUGUUGGGGUUCUACAAAUCCCUUGUCACCACACUUAUUGUUGAAAAUUUUUAACUUAGUGUCGAUAAAAAUAUCUAUCAUGCGAAGUAACCAUUGUUAUCUAAAACUUUUCAAUCUCCUCGAUGAAUUUUGAUCUUGGAAUUGAAUCAUACCCCUUUAGUCAUUUGGAAAAUCUAAAAGAGAAUUUUGUUAAUCAGGAUCUUCAUUAAUUGCCAGGAACCAAGCUCCCAAGGAAGUCAGCUUUUCGUUUACAAUUUUUGAAGUGUUUAAUCAUGUGACUACAAUGCAUUUACCCCUGCAAAGAAAAGAAAUGGAAAAUUAAUAAUAGCUAGUGUGAUUCUAUUCUUAUGGGAGACUAUCGGUGUCUGUUCAAAACAGGUUAAUCGGAACGGCUUAGGCUGCAGUAAACAUGCAGUGAUUGUUUCUUUGUUGACUAGGAUGUUGGCGUAUUAUAAAUCUCCGUGGCGAUUGACAGCAUGACUUUAAUUUGCUUAAGUGAAAUCUGAUGUUGAGUGAAGACAAAAUAAUUCCUCUCUGUUCUUUUGGCCAGAAACACUGACAAGUAGGUUUACUUUACAACUUGGUGGAUUCUUUUGUUUAGGGAUGACAAUGGUUAGAGUAUUCGGAUGGCAUCCAUUGUCCAAAUCUAUUCUGAGACAGCUGUGACAAAAUAAUUCCGCUGUCAUCCCUAGUUUCGUCCGUCCUUUUUAUUUAUAGCAUCUCUUAUGUAUCAAAUUAUAUAUCAUGCGUAGACAGCUGUGAUAUGUACAUACAAUAUUUUAUCCUGUAUGGUAUGUUAUAUAAUAUUUUG